AUGGGAAUCUACGCUCCGAAUACACUAAACCGAUUUCUAUUCCGACAGGAUACCCGGAAGUAUGAAUUCUACCACGAUCCUAAGCAAUUCUUUCCCGACGAUAUGGUUGACUUCGAAAGUCGCGAGUUCGGAGGACCUUCUGCGAAUAGGCACGCGGUGAUGCAGAACCUGCUUACUACUACUUGGAAGUGUCCUUCCAUAUUCAGCACGGCCUGGAUUCGAGAUGCAGGUAAGAACGUGUGGACCAAGAUUUACAUGGUGCUUCGUUACAGCAAGCCUUACUGCUCGCCGAAGGCACAUUUAGUCAGCCGUGUGAUACGACAAUGGCGACAUGCAGAUUCUCCACGUUCCCUCGCAUCCAGUCUGGAACAGCUCGAGGUGUUGGCCCAUCUUACGGACUACCACGUCUACUGGACCUUGAACGCCAAGAAACAAUUUUGCGCCCCUACCGAGUUGGGCAUCUGUUUGAGACCGACCGCCAACGCGGAGACUGAAGGAACGGCCGGGAAUGACUUCCGGUGCAUCGCUUUUGAUAACGAGAAGACGCGCGUCUGCUGGAUCAUAGCCAUGCGUCUUGCCAAGUACCGCAAGCAGCUGCGGGAGAACUACAGGGCGUUCAAAAACAAACAAUGCGAGCCGACGGUCAGUCCCAAGAAAUACAACUAUAAUUUAUUGUCCCUCACGACACUUUGGUGGAGCGAGGCUAUUUAA